GCAUGUUAGAGGAUCCCGUGUUUUGUGUGUAAUGAUAUUCACGUUUGUAUUUGCAAUUUUUCCUGCGGGAGGCGUGAUGGAAAAUUCGUCGUAGCAGUGUUAGUGAAUUCGACUAAACCAGCCUGAGUGUUGCACACGUGAAUCUUAAUAAAUCGUUAAAAACUGCAAUAUGGGUACGCAGGAAACUAAUGUUAAUAAUAAUAAGAAGCUCGUGAAUGGAAAUUGCGAAAAUUUCGAGGAGUACGGACCAAAUUUGAAGGUUCUACCAACCAAUGAUCAAGUCAAAGAAUUGCAAACUAUUUUACGAGACAAGAAUACGACACGCAGUGAUUUUAAAUUUUACGCAGACCGUUUGAUCAGGCUCGUGAUUGAAGAGAGCUUAAAUCAAUUGCCAUUUUCAAAAUGUGUUGUUACUACUCCCACAAGUGCCAAGUACAAAGGGUUAAAAUACCAAAAAGGGAAUUGUGGAGUUUCUAUUGUCAGAAGCGGCGAAGCCAUGGAACAGGGCCUGAGAGAUUGUUGUCGUAGUAUAAGAAUUGGAAAAAUAUUGGUUGAAAGCGAUGCGGACACACACGAGGCCAAAGUAGUCUAUGCAAAGUUCCCAGACGACAUAAGCGAAAGAAAAGUCCUAUUAAUGUAUCCCAUAAUGAGUACCGGUAACACUGUCAUAAAAGCGAUAGCUGUGCUAAAAGAACAUCACGUCCUUGAAGAAAAUAUUAUACUUUCAAAUUUAUUUUGUACUCCACCAGCUGCCAAAACACUAGUCACUGCCUUUCCAAAGAUGAAAUUCUUGACAUCGGAGAUCCAUAAUAUAGCGCCAAAUCAUUUUGGACAAAAAUACUUUGGCUGUUCGUAUCACAGUGUAGUGAUAGUGGAUUCGCAAAAUGGAGGACUGUGAAAAAAUGAUAACGUGUGUGUUUUAGUAAAGAAGUGUUAUAUUGAGUUUACGAAUUUCAAGAACUAAAAAAUUUUCUAUUCCGAAUUGAAACGAGAUGGGAAGGGGAAGAAUUGAAGAGAUUGAGUAGUAGAGAGUUUCACACCGGGAAAGUUGAUUGAAAUACGUCGCGGUAAGAAACAGCCGAUUUAACUAGGACACGGUGUUGAGUGAAUGUAUGUAUGUAUCUAAUAACAAAGCAGGCCGUUGGUGCUAUUUUCACCCGUGAAGAUCGGUGAACUUUCUGGAAUCUUACCAAUACAGAUGAAGAAACGAAUUAUAAAUUAUUUUCAUUCAAUUAACCUGACAAAGUAAACAUUAAUAUGACUAUGGCGAUUUAAAUAAAAUCUCAAAAGAUUUUCGUCAACAGUA